CCAUAUCGACCAAUAGGCUUCGCCAUAUUACUGUACUUCACACGGAACGUCGGCCUCGCGCUCAGGUAGACGGGACGUACUGCGGAAAGAGCUACAGUCACCUUGCCUCCUCCAUCAUGGCGAUGAACGACUCCGCUAACAUUCUGAGCUCAGCCUAUCUGGCUGUGGAGUAUGUCGAUGCUGUCCUGCCAGAAAACCCCUUCCAGCCUCCCCUGAAACACGCCUGGAACUACAUGCUGGACAACUACACCAAGUUCCAGAUCGCUACCUGGGGAUCACUUAUAGUCCAUGAGUUAGUCUACUUCGUUUUAUGUUUGCCUGGCUUUUUAUUCCAGUUCGUUCCCUUUAUGCAAAAAUACAAGAUCCAACAGGACAAACCAGAGACUAUGGAGAAGCAGUGGAGAUGCUUCAAAAUGCUUCUUUUUAACCAUUUUUGUAUCCAGUUUCCUUUGAUCUGUGGAACAUAUUACUUCACUGAAUUCUUCAGCAUUCCUUAUGAUUGGGACUCGAUGCCACGCUGGCCGUACCUUUUAGCCCAGUGUUUUGGCUGUGCUGUUGUCGAGGACACUUGGCAUUAUUUCCUCCAUCGCCUGCUGCAUCACAGACGGAUCUACAAAUACAUCCACAAAGUUCACCAUGAAUUCACUUCUCCAUUUGGUAUGCAAGCGGAAUACGCACACCCUGCUGAGACGAUUAUCCUGGGUGCUGGUUUCUUCAUUGGCAUCAUGAUCUUCUGUAACCACGUGUUCCUGCUGUGGGCUUGGGUCACAUUCCGCCUGCUGGAGACCAUUGAUGUGCACAGUGGCUACGACAUUCCCCUGAACCCGCUUCACUUGAUCCCAUUCUACGCUGGCGCCCGUUUCCAUGACUUCCACCACAUGAACUUCGUCGGGAACUACGCCUCCACCUUCACCUGGUGGGAUAAGCUGUUGAACACCGACAGCCAGUACAACAAGCACAUGCAGAAGCAAGGAGACAAGAAGGAGCAGUAAACAAGGCGAACCUCCUCCUAUAUUCACUCUGUGGGAGGCAGAAGGACACAAACCCAACUUGAUGUGCACAGAAACAACAAAGAUGCACAAAAACUGAUCGAGUGGUGUGUUUGGUUCUGAAUCAGACUAGAGGUUCACAUCAACCAUUUGUGCCUGAAUGGAAAAAGAUGGUGACUAAAUAAAAAAGAUUAACUUCCUGAUGUUUUUUUUUUUUUUGGCUUGUCACCAAAUGAAAAAAAGUUGAUCACAUGACUGUUGUGAAAUGCUCCUGUUUACCUCUGAAUGUUUCAGCACUUUAGCACUUCUCCUUAAGUUGACGGUAACAAAAAUGUUGUAACUUCCUGCAGUUUAUUAUCAGUGUAGUCAGAACUUUCUGAACUAAAUGCAGCUUUUCAAAGAAUGCAACUUGAGUCACAGUGGGAUGGAAGGGGAAUUGGUUUGUAUAGCUCUCCCAAAAUGUUCGUCUAUUUUUUUAUUGCUAUAAAAUCACAAAAUGCUUUUUAAAUUUGAACAAAAAA